AUCUUCCUUCGUUCGAAUUAGAAGGAAAUUGAGGAAAGAAGAAAACAAAAUUUAGAUCGCGAUUUUGCGAUGGCAACAGCGAAAAACGCGAGAUUUUGUACUUGGGCGUUUGCAGCGGCGGGGACAAAGUUGUGGCAGCUUUUGUAAUUCUGGUGGGUCGUGCUAGGGUAUUUAGAUGAUGACCACCACCGGCGGCGAUGAAGUUUUUUCGCGGUCAGAAAUCGUUCUUCUGGGUAGUGUUGAAACCAUGUUGGAGAAAAUCUACGGGAAACACAAUCAUCAUCCUCCGAUAAAAGUGGAGACAAGACGGAGACUUUCUUCGAUUUCAGAGGAAUUGGCUUUGGAAACACUCAGGAAAGUUCUCAAUAUGGAGUAUGUGAAGACCCUCGAUGGAAUAAUCACAUAUUUCGUUAAAGAUAUGGCCACUGUUGAUGGCUCUCCACGGCUGAGUUCCGGUGAGUCUCCGUUUCAGUCUCCUACAACUCCUGGGAAAAAAAGUUGCAGGCCUUUUCAAGGAGACGUGUCUCUUGAUGGUGAAGAUCCGUCUCCUAAGUUCUUGAGAAGAGAUGAAAAUGGAGGAACUAAUCACAUUCCUCCGCUAGUAGCUUUGGGUGAACUUGAAUUUAAGAAGGCGUUUCUGUUGCUUACCUAUCUCGGAGGGAAAUCCCUGGGUGAGGUUAUAUCUGGUGAUGAGAUCAGACAAUGGAAGGAUUUGCCAAUGGUCGCAUAUGAAAGUGCAGUGUGGUUCAAGUUGGGCCAAAACGAGCAAAGAAUCCAGCUUGAAUCGGAUAGCGGGAAGACUCAUUACUAUCAAUGUCAUGUUGCUCCCGAUGGUAGUUACAGAUUUAAGGGUUAUCUUCUGGAGAACACUGGAACACACCUGCACAAGGUUUUGGGUGAUGAUAAUGUUUUAACAGUUAAAUUCGAUCAAUUACCAAAGGAGUCAACCUACUGUGACGACCCUUACUCUAAAUACAAAGAGAUUGCUAAGAACGGUAUCAUGGUUGGUUUACGUCGUUAUCAAUUUUUUGUCUUUAAAGAUGGAGGGAAAGCAGAUAAAAAGAAAAGAAGUUCUACAAAGCAAGUGAAAUGCUACUUUAUACGCACGGACUCUACAGCGUCGAGUGAUAUGGAAAAUCCCUAUAUCCUUGCCGGGAUGUCUCUUCAUGAAGCUCGGAUGCAUUUUAUGCAUGUGCAUACAUUGCCUUCUCCGGCCAACUAUAUGGCAAGGUUUUCUUUAGUUCUGUCAAAGACAAAAAAGCUUGAAGUUGACAUGACUGGGAUUACCGUCAAGCAAAUCGAUGAUAUACACUGCCAUGAUCAAAGUAAUAAUGAUGUUCUUGAUAAGAAUGGGAAACCUCGUAUACAUUCAGAUGGAACUGGAUACAUCUCUGAGGACCUUGCUCGGAUGUGUCCAGUAAAUAUUUUUAAAGGGAAAAACAUCAAAAGUGACAUUAUUCAGGGAAAAACCUGUGUCCAAGAGCCGCCUCUGCUGAUCCAAAUUCGGAUGUUUAAUGAUGGCUCUGCUGUUAAGGGAAUUUUUCUAUUAAACAAGAACCUUCCUCCAUGGACCGUCCAGGUUCGGCCUUCUAUGAUCAAGGUGUAUAAAGAUGAAAAAUUGUCAAGUUUUAGCACAUUUAACUCUCUGGAGGUAGUCAAUAAAAGUAAUCCACCAAAGAGAGCGAAGCUAUCGAAGAAUUUGGUCGCGCUGCUGAGCUAUGGAGGAGUGCCAAAUGAUUUCUUUUUGGAUAUAUUGCUCAACACGUUGGUAAAGAAGAAUACCAUAUUCUUCAAAAUACGCGCAGCGGGUAAAGCUGCACUUCGUUACGGAAAUAUGGACGAUAAGAACGCUUUACAAAUGAUCAUGGCUGGUAUCCCCCUUGAUGAGCCAUAUUUGAAGCAUCAUCUAUCUAUUCUCUUAAAGAUAAAGAAAGAUGAUCUCAAAGCAGGAAGACUUCCUAUUGACGAAUCAUACUAUCUCAUGGGGACAGUGGAUCCCACCGGAGAGCUAAAGGAAGAUGAAGUCUGUGUCAUCCUCGAGUCUGGCCAAAUCUCAGGGGAUGUGCUAGUUUACAGGAAUCCUGGACUACAUUUUGGAGACAUACAUAUUCUAAAGGCUACAUAUGUUAAAACCUUGGAACAGUAUGUCGGAAAUUCCAAGUAUGCUGUGUUCUUCCCUCAAAAAGGUCCAAGAUCUUUGGGCGACGAAAUUGCAGGUGGUGAUUUUGAUGGCGAUAUGUAUUUCAUAUCCAGAAAUCCCAAGCUACUCGAACACUACAAGCCAAGUGAACCGUGGGUGAGUUCUUCUCCACCAAGUAAAAUUUACACUGGUAGAAAACCUAGUGAACUUUCACCCGAACAGUUGGAAGAAGAGCUUUUCAACAUGUUCUUAAAGACAGGAUUUAGUACCAGCAAUGUUAUAGGACAGGCUGCAGAUAGCUGGCUAGCAAUAAUGGACCGCUUCCUCACCUUAGGAGAUGAGAGUGUUAAGGAAAAAGCUGAAAUGAAGAAGAAAAUGCUAAAGUUGACUGAUUUAUACUAUGAUGCUAUUGAUGCACCAAAAACGGGGACUGAGGUCAAUCUCCCGUUCGACGUAAAGGUUGAUAUUUUUCCACAUUAUAUGGAGAGGAAUAAAAUAUUCAAAUCCACUUCUAUUCUUGGAUUAAUCUUUGACACUGUGGAUUCUCAUAAUGCAGAGAAACCCCCACCAUCGGAAAUCAGUAAACUCCAGUGUUUUGAAAAUGAGCCGGUCUCUGAGUUUCACAUGGAGAAAUGUAAAAGCUGGCACAAGAAAUACAGACACGAGAUGUGUCAAGCGAUGAUCACUGAUGAUGAUUCCUGUAAUGAAGUUAUCCAGAGAUACAAGCAAGAGUUCUAUGGUGCUGCAGGGUUUAAAGAAAGCAAGAGAAGUCUGGAAGAACUCUACCCAAAUGCCCUUGCACUUUACAACAUCACUUACGACUAUGCCAUCAAGAAGAAUAAUGUUAAAAGUUGUGGGUUUGUCUGGAAGGUUGCAGGUCCGGUCCUGUGCAGAUUCUACGAGAAGAAUUCAAUAAUGUGUUCGAUUUCUGUGCUGAAAGAGAUUUUCGGCUGAACACUACUGUUCUGUUCUGGUAAUAACAAUAAGUAUUUGCU